AUGGAGGCCGUGUCGUGUGGCCGCAGUCGCGUGGCGUGCCGGAGUGAGAGUGGCGGCGGCGUGAAAGUGAAGCUGCCGCGGCGCGCGGAGAGAGCCGGGGCGCCAGUGUCUGCGAUGCGGCCGCGGCGCUGGCAGCUGUGCGCCGCGCUGGGCUGCGCCGGCUGGCUGUCGCUGGCGCUGCUCGCGCUGCUGCCCGCCGGGCCAGACGCGCGCGCACCCCGCCAGCCGCAGCAGCCUCCGGACGCCGAGCCGGCAGCCGGCAGCACCUCCCCGCUGGCGCCCGCCGCAGACCCGCGGGUCCUGGCGUCCAGCCCCGCGGCGCGCUCGGCCACCAAGUCGCUGGCGGAGGUGGCGGCCAUGCCGCCCUCGGCGCACGUGCUGCUCUUCAACCGCGUGCCCAAGGCCGGCGGCGAGAUGCUGGUGCUGCUGCUGCAGUGGCUGCAGGGCCGCAACGGCUUCCGACACGUGCGCCUCGGCCCGGGCCCGCGCAGGAUGACCCGCUCGCAGCAGGAAAGUCUUGUGGAAACGAUAAUGAAGACCAUACGUGAUGAAGCUGUCCCAGUUGCUUUCGAUCGUCAUGUGUAUUUUAUAAAUUUCACACUGUUUGAUAAGCAGUCUCCAACAUACAUAAACCUUGUUAGAGAUCCUGUGGAUAAAGCAGCAUCAAGGUUUUAUUAUGCUAGAGUAACACCAGAUCCAAGAAAUCCUGAUUUGCAUUAUGCUCCUCCAAGGCUCAACAAGAAUUUCAUCAGCUCUAAUUUUGAUGAAUGUGUUGCACUUCAAGAUCCUGAAUGUACAUUUGAAACAGGGCAGCCAUAUGAUCUAACAAUACCUUACUUCUGUGGACAUGAGGAAUGGUGUAUGCAGCUGAACAACCGAAUGGCACUAGAGAAAGCCAAAGAAAAUGUGGAACACUUCUUUCCUGUUGUUGGUGUCCUGGAAGAACUGAAUGCUACUUUAGCUUCCUUGGAGAGCAAUCUUCCAUAUUUCUUUAAGGGUGUUCAAAAAAUGUAUUUUGAAGAAUUGUUACAACCACACAAAAAUAGGAAUCGAAAGAAACCACCAAAGGUUGCUCACAAAACUCGAAAGUGGCUACAUUCACAACUGGAGCUUGAAUAUGAAUUUUAUUAUUGGUUACGAGCAAGAUUACUGACUCAAAUACAGUGAUAUAAUGAUAAACUGUCAAAUUGCAGAUUGCAGCAUCAAUUUUAUAUAAAUGUGACCUGAACUGAAAUUUUAUACCAAAUGUGGUGUGCAAUCUCUGUAUUUUAUUGCUGAAUCAGCUAUUUUAUUUAUGACUCUACUUUCUGAAUAAUAAGUACAAAUUUAUUUAUGUAUAUUUUCAUCUAUUUGUAGUGUAUUUUUUAAUGCAGUGUGCUGCAUUAUGCUUGUAGCUAGUGUACACCUCUUGCCAGAUGUUAGAUGGACUGGUUGUUUCCUGUGUGUAACUGUUAUCAGGUGUCCUUCAUGGAACAUAUGAUGUGUGAAUGAUCUACGAAGAAAAUUUUUCAUAAUUUGCAAAUAGUUAUGUUUUAAUUUUAAAGAUGUCUGACUUACCAUGUUUUAAGUCCCUUUGAUACCAUAUAUAUCAAAAAUAGAAAUGCUAAUUUCUACACACA